AUAUCCGAAUGACAGCUCUAUCAUUGUCAUUUAGACUCACCUCACUCGAUAAGUUGGCGACCUGAUAUCAUUCCAUGCGCGAGCGCAUCAAAUGAUUCAAAAUGUAUUGGCCAUGCUGGCCGUUGAGUGUUGCAAUAGCUCAAGACACAUUGACAUUGUCAGCCGGAGCGCCGAUCGAGGGGACGCGCUUAGGACUGUGGUAUUGCUGAUUCUCCUGGUGUUGCACGCUAUAGCUAUAAUACCGGUCUUCUUUUACAUCGCAUAUACUGUAUACAAGGUCUUUCCCAUCCUCACCAUUGUCGAGAGUCGUCCAAGCUAUGAAGCAAUUCCGCUCCAAGAGGCCGGCGACAUGAGCCGGGGACUAAACUCGCUACAAACUGAAGAACCCAGCUUGACCGCGCAGAUGCCUCUCACUUCCAGCAUCAGGCGCAUGCAUGAGUUGGUCAGGCAAACAGACCACAUGUGGUUACGAAGACGUGGGCUGGGCGCUCUUGCUGUCUACAAUCUGGCCAAUGCGCUAGUCAUAAUACCCCUACGCACCGUGCCACUUGUUCCGGGUUUCGUUUGGAACGCGGUAGCAGUGCUAUUGACGAUACAGUUGCAUACUGUCUGGGUGCACGUCAUUAUCACACCGCCGAUGGCCAAGCCCUUCUGGAAGCGCGUCCUUCCGUUCUGGACAGUUUUCAAGGCGACUGCUACUGCUAGCUUGAUAUACUACGUGACGACUGAGCUCACGAUAUUCACGCCCUGGCUGGCAGCCCAGGCACUCAGGGCUCCCUUCGGCCUGAGUCAGAUCCAAAAGAAACCGAGUGACCUGUGGAAGCUGCUCUUGUCAAUCGGUCUUUUCGUCGCAAUACAAGCGUUGGCGUGCGCCCCGGCGCUGGUGAUCUUGACGCGCAUCCAAGCAUCACUCUUGCCCGAGGAUGAAGAGACAAUCGUGCCUGUCGAUCGAAGCUUCGGGGUUGAGAAGGAGCGAGGAAAGCACGGCGAGGCAACAGGACUUUCAAUUAUCGAAGCACUUAAAUCUUUCAACGGUUCCUGGAUGCGGUUAUAUAAACUUUGCAUCAAAAUCUUCUUUCUUAUCCUAGGAUCCUUCGUAGGACUAGGCAUCAUUCUGGGGUUGGAAUAUCUGGCACUUAGGGCUGCCGGCAUUCUAGUAUGAGCUGCUUGAGUAUUGGAGACUGCGCGCGUGUGUAAUUAUCUACUACUCGCUUAUACCUAUUUGACCUUCUAGUGCGCAAGGCUUCAAUGCUAAUACCACAUCAUUUAUACACACAAAGUUUCGUCGAUCUUACCAGUCUCAAGCAACUCUAGAUAUGGUUUUGGUGAUUACAUGC